AUGAAGUUUGGCAAGUACAUCCUCGGUCAGCAGAUCUCUGGCUGGGGCGCCUACUACCUCGAUUACAAGUUUCUUAAGAAGAUCAUCAACUCGCUCGAAAAGGGCCGGCUGGGCGAUGCGGCCCUGUUUGCGACGGGCGUGCGUCCAGAAGAGAGCGUCAACAGCCAGUCCACCGUCUCACCGCAACCACAGAUUCUUCCGCGUGUCGAAGGCUCGGACGAGCUUCAGAUCCACAAAGCUGCCUUCUUCUUCAAGCUAGAACGAGAACUAGAAAAGAUCAACAAUUUCUAUCUUCAAAAGGAAGCCGAACUCAAGUCCCGUUUGCAGACGCUCAUCGACAAGAAGCGCAUCCUUUUUGAGUCUCGCAACUCUUCCAAGCUCUCCAAGGAUUCGCCUUCCUAUGUCGCUCUCUACGAAGGCUUCCGCUACUAUGAAAAGGAUCUCAGCAAGCUCCAGCAAUUCAUCGAGAUCAAUGCCACUGGCUUCCGUAAGAUUUUGAAAAAAUGGGACAAACGCUCCAAGUCUCAGACCAAGGAGCUCUACCUCGCUCGCCAAGUCGAAGUGCAACCUUGCUUCAACCUCAAGUUCAUCGCCGAACUCAGUGACAUUGCCGCCGCCAACUUGCUCGAGCUUGAGAAUCUCUCCCACGGACGCUCACUCAGCGACACCCUCGGCACCAAUGGCGCUAGCCUCUCUGCAGACAAUCGCCUUGACUUUGCUGCCGCUCAGAGUCAGGACUUCGAUGCGCUUGCCGAUCUCGAAGCCAACCUCGCAGAGGCAAUCAAGGUGGGCCGUGUCGCACCGGCCACCGAGAUGAUCCGCAUCGCAGCACAAAACGAAGACUUGACCAGCGUCUCACGUAUCGUUUGGCGUGCUCUCCUCGAGGCUCCCCACGAUGCCAUGCGUGCAGCGCUAGCGCAUCAUCUGGCCGACUACAAAUUCGUUGACGACAUCAGCUUGCGCACCUGUCUGCACGAAUCUGCUAUGGCUGGCAAGCUCUUCCUCGUCCAAUCCUGCAUCGAGAACGGCGUUGACGUGGCUCAGCAGGAUAUCUACGGCCGCACUGCGCUCUCCUACGCUGCCAUGGCGGGGCAUACAGACGUCUGUCAAUACUUACUCUCGCUGCCCUCAAUCUCGGCUGCCACAUACGACCUCGAUGGUUUCUCUCCGCUCAUUCUCGCCGUCAUGAAUGGCCGCACCGACGCCGUCCGCAUCCUUUUGGAACAUGGCGCCAGUGUCGAGCCACGCGACACAAUCGACCUCAUCCCUCUCUGUCUCGCCAGCUCUGGCGGCCAUGCCGACAUUGUCCAUCUUCUUUUGCAAAAGGGUGCAAAGAUCGUUGCCAACGCCGAAGGUCUGUAUCCCCAGGCUCUUGCCGCCCGCGCUGGCCACGCCCAGUGCGUUCGCCUGCUCGUCGCAUCGGGUGGCAACCCCGACGCGCCUGAAAAGGGAACACAAUGGACUCCCACCUUCUUUGCCGCCGAAAACGGCCACGUCGACUGCCUUCAGGUUCUGCUCGAGGCUGGUUGCAACGUCAACAUUGUCGACGAGAAGGACCGCACGGCUGCCUUCUACGCCGCGUGGAACGGCAAAAUUGCUUGCUUGCUUCUUCUCCUCCAAGCAGCACAGCAAAGUCAGGCUCCACCUCGAGAGCGUCGGCUUUCCAGGACGUCGGUCGCCAAGACUUCCUCAUCCGCCGAUGCUGCACACGAUCUAGACCUCGAGAUCGAUGGCAUCCCCGACCUCUCGCUUCCGCCGCCUAUCAUUCCCUUCCGCACCUACGGUCACAAUUACCUUGACAAGCGUGCGCUCGUCUCUGUUUCACUUACAAACAACUCGGUCAAGCUCUAUAAGCAUCAAGAUCCGAAUCGUCCCGAACAAUUCUCGACAUCGUCACUCAAACUUGUCAUGACGUCGCGCCCGGACGCUUCUACCACUGCAAUCCCGCACAAUGUAGUGCUGCCGCUCGCAGACGAACGCGAAGUAUUUUCCUUCCAGGUCGACAGGCUUGAGAGCUUUUCCAUCGAAUGGGAACUCAUGCCGACCUUUGGUUCCAAAGUGAUUGGCAAGGCGGUCGCAUUACCGAGCUCAUUUGAAGGUAUGACGGAUCGCAAGCGCUUCGUUCUUCCACUUCAGGACGUCUACCUCAAGGUUGUAGGAGAGGUAUCGUUUGAGCUUGAUUUCGUCAAGCCGUUCGACAGCGUACAGCUCGAGAUCGGUGGUCGCGUCGAGACGUACUGGAAGAGCAUGCUGCCCGGUGUGGCGGCUGCCUCCACCGUAGGACCUACAAGGAUGACGCCCAAUAGCGGUGUCAGUGGGAUCGGUGGCUCGCUCAGCAGUAAAUCAGCAGCAGCGGGUCCGACGCAAGCUGUUGCGGACAAGAGCGCCACGGCAAGCUCCAACGGAGCGGUCGGAACUCCAUCGGUCGGAUCUUCUGGCGCGGCAUCUGCAACUGCAGCUGCAGCGCAACCCACGCUGGUCACAGGAUCUUCGCUUGCGGGCGAAUACUUGCGCGUGGUGGUACAGGUGACCAAGGAUGCGAAAGCCGUGGUAUGGCCUGCACAAUUCAUCCCUCUGCCUGGUCUGCAGGUCUAUGUUGGCAGUGUUACAUCCGAAGAAUUCCUGUCGGUCGCCACGCAGACAGGUCGCUCGUUGGACUGGACUCCAGCACAAGCAGCGCAGGCAUCAUGGGUAGACUGGCAGCGCGCACUUGAAAGAUCGGUAGUGACGCUGGAAACGCUCCUGUCGCUUCUGCCUGUCUCGGUCGGAAUCGAUAUCGACGUCAUGUACCCCUCCACGGCCGAGGUGCGUUCUAACCCAGGGAUGCCCAAGAUGGAAGUCAACCAAUUUGUCGAUACCAUUCUGCACACGGUGUAUGCAGCAGGCACGAGCAACCGCGAGCAGAGUCGCAAGAUCCUCUUCUCGUCUCGGUCGCCAACCGUGUGCACGGCGCUCAACUGGAAGCAGCCCAACUAUGCGGUAUUCUUUGCCUCUUUCUGCGGCAUAGAUGGCAUGGCAAGUCUCGAACGAGGUCAACUGCUGCCCUCGACACGGCACGAAACGGAUCCACGUCGCGAGAGCAUUUCGGAAGCGGUCCGAUUCGCAAAGUCAAACAAUCUGCUGGGUAUCAUGGUGGAUGUGGCGCUGCUGAAUCACGUACCGCAUCUGGUGGAGAGCGUCAAGGCAAGCGGUCUGCUGCUGAUCACGAUCGGCAAAUUCAAGCGGCAGCAGUCGCUACCGCAGUUGGAAGAGGUGGCAGAGCUGGUUGACGAUGUCGAUGGAGAGGUGGAUCAAGGCAUUGUUGUCUGUAAGAGUUAG